AUGUUCUUUGUUCCUCACCCGCCCUCUCUCCCCUCUGAUUAUGUUCUUUGUUCCUCACCCGCCCUCUCUCCCCACUGCCACGGCGCCCCACCAGUGAUGGAGCAGCUGUUGCGGCUCGUGAACUCUUUGACUUCCCCACUCUCUUCUUCGGCCCCCCUCUCUCCCCACUUCCCAUCUCUCCCCACCUCUUCCCACCGCGCCCCACCAGGUGAUGGAGCAGCUGUGAUGGAGCAGCUGUUCGGGCUGGUGAACUCGCGGCUGCAAGCCCACAAGGGGGCCACCAGGCGCCACCUCGCCAUCCGCACCUACAAGGUGGUACCAUUCACUCCCAGUGCAGGACUCCUCGAGUGGGUGGAUGGCACCCUGCCGCUUGGGGAGUACCUUCUAGGAAGUACUCGCAAGGGGGGGGCGCACGCACGCUACGGGGGCUCUGAUUGGCCAUUCACGACGUGCCGUGAAGUGAUGGCGCGGGAAAGUGACAAGCGGCAAGCCUUCGACAAGGUUCUUCAGAACUUCCACCCUGUGAUGCGCCAUUUCUUCCUGGAGCGCUUCCUGCUGCCUGCCAACUGGUUCGACCGGCGCCUCACAUACACUCGCAGCGUGGCUGCAACCUCCAUGGUGGGGUACGUGGUGGGGCUGGGGGACCGGCAUGCGAUGAACAUUCUGGUGGACGAGCGGUCAGCAGAGGUGGUGCACAUCGACUUGGGGAUUGCGUUCGAGCAGGGGCUCAUGCUCAAGACGCCUGAGAAGGUGCCCUUCCGCCUCACGCGGGACAUCAUAGACGGCAUGGGCGUGAGCGGCGUGGAGGGGGUGUUUCGGCGCUGCUGUGAGACGGUGCUGGCGGUGAUGAGGGAGAACAAGGAGGCACUGCUGACAAUCAUCGAGGUGUUCAUCUAUGAUCCUCUUUACAAGUGGGCCCUCUCUCCGCUUAAGGCGCUGCAUCGACAGAAGAUGGAGGAGAGUGAGGAGGCGAUGGAGGAGGAGGGGACGGAGGAGGAGAGCGGGGCAGCGAUGGAGGGCAACGAGGAGGCCACGAGGGCACUGCUGCGAGUCAAGCAAAAGCUCGACGGCUUUGAGGACGGCGAGAUGCGCAGCCUGGCUGGGCAGGUGCAGCAGCUGAUCAAGGACGCACAGGACCCCGACCGCCUUGCCGUCAUGUUUCCAGGAUGGGGAGCUUGGCUGUAG